AUGUCAGUGAGCAUGGCGGAGGAGGCGGGGAAGCAGCAGAUGAGGCUGAGGGAGAUGCGAGAGAAGAUCGAGAAGAGCAGGAGCGAGCCCAAGAGGACGAGGAAGGGAAGCAGCAGGGAGGGAGGAGGGGAGGAAGAACAGGGGUUGAGUGAGGGGCGAGCAGGGGAUGGGAGGGUGGAAGGGAGGUCGUUGAAGGAAGUCCGAGAGUCGAUCGAAGGCUACAGAGCGGAGGAGCGCAGGGUCCUCCAGGAGGGACUGAAGACCAGAGGGACGAGAGCGUGCGAGGGCAACCUGGAAGGAGAGCUUCUGACAUACAGGAUGGUGCUCGAGAUGGAGAUGAAUGGGUUGAACAAGAGUAGGUUGAAGAUGCUGGCCAAGGAUCGCAUCAGAGGUCGACAUGACAACGAGGAUGGCAAGGAGAUCGAAGACGAUAGGAUAGAGUUCGGGAGGAGCCGAUCAACCUACGGGCGCUUCCUGUCGCGCAAGCUGCUCGUUCAAGGCUUGACGACAGAAUUUGUCGCUCCCUGCUCACCUGAAUGGCAGGCGGCAGCGCAAGGGCACGAGAGGGGAGGAGCAGGGCUCAGCUUCAGAUGCUGCUGGGGCGGCAGCCAACCAACGAGGUCGAUGAAGGAGGUGAAGCAAGUGCUGAAGAAAGGCGCAAAGCAGCACGUCGACUUCUCCUCGAGUGAUGAAGGACCACGAGAACGAUCGACGUUGCUACCUGAGGAGGAGGGAGUCGGCGGUCAGGAAAGAACGAGGAAGAGCCAGAGGCACACGAGAGCUCACUCACCCAACGACCUGACGUCGACGUCCUCCGGGGAGAGAUCCGAGGGUCAGCAUGGGACGACGAGGAGGCGGGUGAAUCCGGAGAUGAACAAGUUCAGGAAGUUCAAGCAAGGCAAAGCUUGCCUCUCUCCUCCUUGUGUUGGGCUGAGGGUCAUCGUGACAUCAGACUUCGACAAGAGGAUGCUCGACCUAAGGAAGAAGCUGGCAGUCAAUGCAGAGAAGGAGAGGAAGAACCUAGAGAGGGAGUCGAAGUUCUCAGACCUCCUGGCCAAAAUUCAGAUUCACUCCAGCGCCACCCGUGAAUCAAGGAGGAGCUCGUCUCCCUCCGUCAAGAGCUCCUCUCCUCGACGACCCGCAACCAGCCUGGAGGCCCUUCUUGACAACGAGUUGAGGCGUGCUGAGAGGAGGAGCUCCUUUCCAGAGGAACCAGUCUCCUCCGGGGCAAACAGCCCUGCCCCCCAGGACAACAGCAGCAGGCGGGGGAGCAUGAGGAUGGACAGCAGGAGGAGCAGCUUGCGACGCUCCUCCAUCAUGAGCUUCAUGCGAGGGCCCUCCAAGGCUAGGCAGGAGCUAGAAGACGCGAAGGAGGAGGAUAAGGAGACUCCUUCGGAGGAUGCGGAAGCUGACGAGGCCGAGAGCCAAUCGACGGAUCCCUCGGACUCGCCCACGUUCGAGGAGAUGCUCAAGAUGAAGAGAGAAAUCUUGGGAGAAAAGGGCUCUCCGAGGGAAGCCCAGAAGGUCAGGUCAAAGAGCGCCACCACCACUCGCGCAUUCAAAGUGGCAACUGCUGCGAGGAUGAAGCCACCUGGUCGGUUUUGA